AACAUCCUAUCAAGAUGUAAGCCUACUUCUGUAAAAACUUUAAGAUUAAUCAAAUGUGUACCUACACCAUCGUUAUCGGUUUGUUAUUCGAGUAAGUGCAUAUGGAGGCGAAAUAAAUAGGCAAUAAAAUUAGGCUUUUAAACAAAUUUAUGCGGAGGAAGAUAAACCUUGUUAAUGUUAUGCAUUGGCGCUAUUAACCUAAAUAGCCUAUGCCACAGUCACAGUCUCUAUGUUCGUCCAUUUUACUUGUAAGCGUCCAGCUGAGCAGCCUAGUCACUGCCUUGUUACAGAACACCCAGUCUCGGGAGGUUUGGAUUUGCGUGAGUGGGGCUGGAUCUCGCUCAGUGCGGUGAACGAGCUCGGCAGAGCGGCUGUGCGGAAGUUCUUUCAUCCGUGCUGCAGAAGGGGCUUGCUUCGCCCUCGCGAUUACUCUCGUCACAAGUUUAUGGUUGGAUAAAAGCGGUUCAGGUGGAACUUCUGGACAGUACACCCCAACUUGAGUUUUACUACAUCCACAGUCUGCCCCAUUUAUUGUCGGGUGAUGGCGAGGCCGAGCCACAGCGAGCAUGUCCUGCAGCAGCUCAACAACCAACGGGAGUGGGGCUUCCUGUGCGACUGCUGUAUUGCCAUUGGCGACAUCUACUUCAGGGCCCACAAGGCAGUGCUGGCUGCGUGCAGCUCCUACUUCCGCAUGAUGUUCAUCCGGGACCAGCAGGGGACAGCUCGCAUGGAUCUCAGCAACAUGCAGAUAAGCGCAGAGUGCUUCGACCUCAUCCUGCAGCUCAUGUACCUGGGCUGCAUCGUGGUGGGCAGCUACGAGUUUGAGGAGCUCAAGGUCUCAAUGGCCUACCUGCAGAUGUACUACAUCCCAGACACCCUGGAGGACCUCAGGGACAUCAGGAAUGCCUCCAACCUCACACCGUCCUCCUCGGCCUCCUCCUCUUCCUCCACCACCUCAUCCAGCUCCUCCUCCUCCAUUGGCCCAGCAAUUGCAGGAAAAAUGAUGUUUGGAGUCCGCAUGUACGAGCAGCAGAAGCCAAGCACCCCAGAGGGGGAACCUAAAAGUUUGCCCAAAGUUGCCAUCACUGCUGUGCCUGUGCGACCAAGCAUUCCUGUCCCAGUCAACAGGCCUCCACUUGUGGUGGAGGAUGUGGCAUCCCCUUUGGUAGUACCACCACCGUUUCUAGACAGUGUGGCUGAGCAGCCUUGUGACCUGCGCAAGAGGCCCGGUGGCAGGAGUGCCACCCUGAAAGAGCGCCCCCGCUUCGGGCGCACAUACACCUGCGACGACUGUGGCUUUGUCUUUAGCUGCGAGAAGUUGCUGAUUGAGCACAUCCUCACCUGCACCAAUCGUAAGGCCUUUCAGGUCCCCAGAACCAGCUCCGAGGCAGACAACGACUCCAGCAAGGUGGAGAGCUCGGCCUCUGAGGGGAUGGAGGAGCACAGGGUGGUCUGCAAGGGUGAAGAGGAUUGGCCGGACCACAAGUCAGACGCUGACACAGUGAUCAGGUCCAUGACAGUUGGUACGGAUAACGAGCCUGGUUCUGCCAGGAAUAUCACCAUCAAGGUGGAGCUGGAAGAAAACGUGGUGUCCGAGAUGGAUGGCAUUAAGGUAGUUCAGGUGGGAGAGAUCAGUGCGAGGCACAGUGCACUCAGCGACACUAUGAGGGAACCGAUUCAAUUUAACCAGGAGGCCGAGGCUUGUGUUUCAGUCAUGGACGACAGCAACGAGCCAUUCGAAGGGCACAUGUCCAGCAACAAGGAUUCUGGCAUACCUGUUAAGAUGCGCAAGAUUAAAGAAGAGAAGCAGGAUGGGGACAGUGCACCGUGUGAGCUGUGCGGGGAACUGCUCACAAAGGAGGACCAGUCAGCUCACUACAUCUCUAGCCACAUGGGCCACAUCUGUGCCUGCGGGAGGUGUGGCCAGGUCCUAAUCAAGGGGAGGCAACUGCAGGAGCACGCUGAGCGUUGUGGCGAACCUCAGGGUGCGGACACCGACUCCCAUGGUGAGGAGGCAGACUCGCCCCUGCCCGAGGACCCGCAGGCCAUGGACGAUGGGCUGCUGGAGGGGGGUGACCUGGCCUGCCCCCAGUGUGGCCUGCUUUUCCAGAGUGAGAGCCUAGCAUUGGAGCAUGCUCUGGCCUGCCACGAGCAGGAGCUGUUCCGCCCCGCCCUGCUGGAGGAUGGCGGCGUCGAGCCGGACCACCGGCGCAAGCACUUCUGCGCCAUCUGUGGAAAGGGCUUCUACCAGCGCUGCCACCUGCGGGAGCACUACACCGUCCACACCAAGGAGAAGCAGUUCACCUGCCAGACGUGCGGUAAGCAGUUCCUGCGUGAGCGGCAGCUUCGGCUGCACACCGACAUGCACAAGGGCAUGGCGCGCUAUGUCUGCCCUGUGUGUGACCAGGGAACCUUCCUCAAACACGACCAUGUGCGCCAUAUGAUCUCGCACCUGUCGGCCGGCGAGACCAUCUGCCAGGUGUGCUUCCAGAUCUUUCCCAGCGGAGAGCACCUGGAGAAGCACAUGGACGUGCACCUGUACAUCUGUGGCGUCUGCGGGGAGAAGUUUCGCCUUCGCAAGGACAUGCGGAGCCACUACAACUCCAAGCACACCAAAAGACUGUGUCCUGCCUGAAUUCUAUGCGUCUGUUACUUAAAAGCCAUAAAUGUGAGAACAAAUUUAUGCACUUGAACACCAAAAAAAGAAAACCUAUAAAAUCUGCACUUUCAAAUUUGUAUGAAUAAUCAAAGUGUGUUAUUGCCUCAAAUUUUGGCCAUUUUGUCAUUUAGUUUCACACCCCUGUACUAAACACACAUUACCAUUUGUUCACAGUGCCACAGUAGACAAAUCCUUGGCUCAUCUUUUAAGGCUUUUGGAAUCUAGUGUUUCUCAGCAAACAGCCUAUGCAAUACACAGUUCAUGGAAUGAAGUGGAUUCAACUUAAGUUCCUUGCAAAGAGGUGUGUUUUGAUUGUAAUAUGAAUCCACACUUCAAUAUAGUUAGUCUUUGACUAGUUACUGUACAUAGCACUUGUGCAUUUACAAUGAAGAAUGGCCUUGCCUUUGCUUUGGCGGUGCUGUGCUCUUGCUUUACAGGUGUGCAUGAGAGUGGCAUUGCAUUUCUGAACAUUGUCUGCCAGUCGAUGCCACUUUGCAAUGCUCACAUCUUUCUCAUUUCAAUGUAAAGCAUUAGUGACAUGGACAAGCCUAACUGAAUAUCUCAACAAAUUGACUGAUCUGGCUCCUUGUAUUUUAAAAUGAUGCUACGAAAUGAAAAGAGAGGCAUCGUUUGUUUAGCCCAAUCAUAACAUAUGCUACAUCACGGUUUUCCAACAUUCUGUUUCAGACAGGCUCAGAAAUUCCUGUCUUUAAAGGCCCAGUGCAGUCAAAAACGUGAUUUCCCUGUGUUUUAUAUAUAUUGCCACACUAUGAGGUUGGAAUAAUACUGUGAAAUUGUGAAAAUGAUGAUAUAAUGCCCUUUUAGUGUAAGAGCCCAUAGGGACCAGCACAAAAAAGUACAAAAAUGUAUGCACUCACUACUGUAAGUCGCUCUGGUUAAGAGCGUCUGCUAAAUGACUAAAAUGUAAAAGACUGGUUUUGGUGGGGUGUAGUUUUGGCCUGCCUGGUGGUAAAUUAGUUAAGGUGAUAAAUUAGUUAAUAGACCAAAAACAAAGAGUUCCAAACCUCUCUGCCAAUAACAGUUUUUCCCUCCGCACUCAGACCACUCCCAGACAGUCCUAGCAAAUUUCUUGCUUGAGAAAUUCCUCUUUGAUAAGAAGCUAUUUUUGUUUAUUUUUGACCAUUUUAAUUGAAAAUAAUCACAGUUAGGUACUUAAUUGUUACCCAGAAAUGAUUUGACAUUGAGAUAAAAACAGCUGCAUUGGACCUUUAAGCCCCAAAUGAUAGUUUUUAAACCAUAAGGUUGAUUUAUUUUCUACCAGAGUUGAUACACAUGACUACAACUCAUAUCAGAUAUGAACACUUUUUUUUUCUUCAUGAAAGUUGCUUUUUAAGAGGAAAGUUCAAUAGCUGUGAGAACUUCAGAUUGUAAAUAGGACACACAAAAAACACUAGAAUGCUUUUACUCUUGACAAUGGUUGUCACCUAAUUCCAUAUGAAAUCUUUCAUGUCACCAAGGCAAGAUCAUGCACUCGCUCUUUUGCUUAAUCAAUUAUUUCACGUGUUUACUAUGCAAUGUUGGGCUAUACACAACUCUGAAACUUUCAUUCGCUUUUCAAACAGCCUUCGAUUCAAAGGAUUUCUAUUGUUGAUAUACAGUAAUUAAUUACUUUUAUCACUGUGUGAGAAAACAGUUAUGAUGUCUGCAUUGAUUCUUAUUCAGUUUUCCUGGUAAGGUAGGGGUAUUGUAUAUUACCUAUACAAUUAGCAACAAAACUUCGACCCAGUGACUAUAGGACAGUAAUUUGGCUUUAUAGACAAUCAAAAACUGUAAUAUUUCAUUUUUGCAUACUGUACACAGACUAAAACUAUGUCUGAAUCCACUCUUGGGAACUUCUAUGUGCUAAUCGAAGACUUCAUUCAUGUUACAUUUGUUUCUCUUCAGCUUGGAUAGAUUUAGUCAGAAGCUUCCUUUAACAUUUGCCGUUGUAUGAACUUUUGUUUGAUUGCAUUACACAGCCAAUAUUAAGCUUUGUCCUAUGUUGGUGGUGUUAUAUUGCGGGGAGUUACUUGAGCAGUAUGUCUCCUGCAUGUUGGACAAUGUCACGUGUUGCUAUUGUGAAAUGCUAAUUCUUUUGUUUGUUGCACUGCAGAGAGAACAUACUCCUUUAAAACAUCUUGAAACAACAUGCAGUAGUGUGGAAGCUGGUAAAGCCUCUUAAAGUAGCUAUCCAGUGUUUCCAAAUUUCUAUAAAAUAUGAUCUAUAAUUAAUUACUAUAGCUAGGUUUUCAUCUAAUGGUGACAGAUUUCCAUGUGAAUAUUCAAAAGAAUCUGCAUAAAAACAAAAUGCGCAUUUUUCCACCAGAGAUGUUGCAGAUUAAAGGCUAUGCGUGAUGACGUAGUGCACGUAAAAAUAGCUUUUGCGGUUAAAUUCCCAUGUACCGACAAAAAAAAAAUACAAGUUAAAUGGGUUUCCAUCACAUUCAACUCUUUUUAUGGUUUUCUCACCCAAAAAAUGGCAUUAUAUAGCUGAAUGUUCCCACUCCGGUAUUGGCAGUGCGCUCCAGUCAACAGUGCACAGAUACAGUACUGUUGGCUAGAGCGCACUUAUAGCCUACAUCAGGGAUCAUCAACUAGAUUCAGCCGUGGACUGAUUUUUUUGUUUUCUUCCUUUUCUUGAGUGGAUGGUCAGGAUGCCAGAACAUAACUACAAAUCAUUUGUCAACUGCAAAUUGACCUCAAGAAGCCCAAACUAUAUAAUAUUUAACUAAAACAGAAUCAUUUCAAACCUUGCUUACAUUUGUAUACGAUCACAUACUGUAUAUCUCUCUAUUUGCAAAUCUAAAAUCACUUGGAGCUGAUUUGCUGGUGUUUGUACAGUCUUUUAUGACCAACAAUAAAAUUAAAAUAUACACAUCUUCACAGAAAACUUGGGCCAAAUUUGUCCCCCAGGCCGCCAGUUGGGGAACCCUAGCCUACAUGAUGACAUUAUUAUUAAAAGCAUUUCCACUGACAUUUCUCACAUAAUUCAUUUUUACAGACACAAAAAAGAUCCCACCUUGUCUAGUGUAUUUUGUUUUGUCGACAUUUGGAAAGUUUACCGAAAACCUUUCAGUUUCCAUCAGGCCUGUCGUUACAUUUUAUAUCUGACAUAUACUUUACUCGCAUAAAAAGGUUAGUUGGAAACCUGGUUAAUAUGAGUGAAAUAUCUUUCUUGGAAAAAAAAAAAAGAAUAAAAAAGUUAAAAAGCA